GACGUCAGGGCCAGUGGGCGCGUCGUGGUCCUGGCUGAGGAGGCGAGGCCUCCCGCUCCUGAGCCCAGCGAUUGGUGGCCCUGGGGGCAGGGUACAGCCGCCUAUAUGAGGGCGGUAGCGGGAAGCGUGGUCGCUGGUGGGCAGGGGUGGAGGCAGCAGCAGUAGCCGGGCGGGAGGUGCAUGCUGGUUGGGGGCCGUGAGUUCCCGGGCUGGGGCUGCCGGGCGCUCCCUGCCCAUGGAGCCCGAGGUGCUGCGCCGCCGGCUGGCCGCGGCCGGGCAGAGCCACCUGCUGCGCUUCUGGGCCGAACUGGGCGGCGCGGAGCGGCGGGCGCUGCGUGAGGAGCUGGAGGGUCUGGACUGCGAGGCGCUGGGCUCCAGCUUCCGUCGGGCCAUAGAAGGCACGGGCGCGGCCGGCCGCGACAAGGUGGACGGGCGGAUGGAGGCACUGCCGCGGGCCGUGCUGGGCAGCGCCACCCGCGACGUGGGUCGGCUCCCCGAGUGGGAGCGCGAAGGUCUCCAUCAGAUUUCUCAGAGCAAAGUAGCUGUCCUCCUCCUAGCUGGUGGACAGGGAACGAGACUGGGUGUUUCUUUUCCCAAGGGAAUGUACGAUGUCGGGUUGCCAUCCCACAAAACACUCUUCCAGAUCCAAGCAGAGCGCAUCCUGAAACUGCAGCAGCUGGCUGAAAAACAGCAUGGUACUAAGUGUGUCAUUCCAUGGUACAUCAUGACAAGUGGCAGAACAAUGGAAUCUACAAAGGAGUUCUUCGUGAAGCACAAUUACUUUGGUUUAAAGCAGGAAAAUGUGAUCUUUUUCCAGCAAGGGAUGCUGCCUGCCAUGGGGUUUGACGGCAAGAUUUUUCUGGAAGAGAAGAGCAAAGUUUCCAUGGCACCAGAUGGCAAUGGGGGGCUGUACCGAGCCCUUGGCGCCCAUGGCAUCGUGGAGGACAUGGAGCAGCGAGGCAUCUGGAGCAUCCAUAUGUACUGCGUUGACAACAUCUUAGUGAAGGUGGCUGACCCCAGGUUCAUUGGGUUCUGCAUACAGAAGGGAGCUGAGUGUGGUGCAAAGGUGGUUGAGAAGACAAACCCCAUGGAGCCAGUGGGCGUGGUAUGCAGAGUGGAUGGCAUGUACCAGGUGGUGGAAUAUAGCGAGAUCUCCCUGGCCACAGCACAGAAACGUAGCUCCGAUGGCCGGCUGCUGUUCAACGCAGGCAACAUUGCCAAUCACUACCUCACAGUGUCCUUUCUGAGAGAUGUUGUCAACAUUUAUGAACCUCAGCUGAAGCACCAUGUGGCCCAGAAGAAGAUUCCAUACGUGGACAUCACCAGUGGGCAGUUGGUCAAGCCAGACAAACCGAAUGGCAUCAAGAUGGAGAAGUUCGUCUUUGACAUCUUCCAGUUUGCCAAGCAGUUUGUGGUGUACGAAGUGCUGCGUGAAGACGAGUUUUCUCCUCUGAAGAAUGCAGACAGUCAGAAUGGGAAAGACAACCCCACCACUGCCCGACAUGCCCUUAUGUCGCUGCACCAUUGCUGGGUCCUCAAUGCUGGGGGCCACUUUGUGGAUGAAAAUGGCACCCGUAUCCCUGCGAUUCCCCGCUUCACAAGUGGAAAGCCAGAUGCCAUCACAGCUGAUGUCAAUUGCAAUUUGAAGGACGCUAACGACUUGCCCAUUCAGUGUGAAAUUUCUCCUCUCAUCUCCUAUGGUGGUGAAGGUCUGGAAAAGUAUGUGGAAAACAAAGAAUUUCAUGCCCCGUUGAUCAUUGAUGAAAAUGGAAUCUAUGAGCGGGUGAAGAACAGUGUUUAGACUCUUCCGCAGGAAGCCAGUGGACCCAGCAUAGCUUGUGACUUUAUCUGUGAAUCCAAACAAAUGAAGGUUGUAGCUGUAAAUGGUAGGGGCUGGUCUUGUCCUCUGAAUUUACUGGCUUGUGGCACAUUGUUUUAAAUUAAAAUAGAGACCAUCUAGUCAGUCCCCUGAAGUUAAGUACAGAUGUGGUAUUGCUCUCCACACUUUGAGCAUGGGCAUUUUUUAAGUGUAUAAAAUAAUAAACAAUUGUACAUGCUGAAGGGUUUUAAUGGUACAAGGAGAGGUUCAUAAAUCUUAUCUUUAAAAACAAAUAGGAUCAAUGUCACUGUCCACAUUCUGCCUUUUUAGGGUCAUCAUUUUGUUAGUACAUCUGUUUUGGCUUUGUGUACACUAAAUUACUAGGUUUUAUGUGCAUGGUAUUAAUGUAUCUGGGUGUUGGGAAGCUAUGUUAACUGAUUGUAUUAUGCUCUUCCCACAGUUCUGUUCACCUAUGUCAAGUCUCCCACAACACUGCAAAGCUGAAGUCAGCUUUGGCAUUAGAAAAUAGGAAACCUGUCAAAGCAAAGCUGCAUAAAUACCUUGUACCAAGUGCAGUUAGGGAGUACUUUCCUGGCUCAUCAACACUUGCAAUGUAAUAUUCAGAACAAGAUAUGGAAAAGUAUAGGGAGGUACCAAGGACAAAGCUGGCACAAACUAGUAGGUUAAAUUUAAACUUUAACUGGAUGUGCAUGGGUCAUUUAGCUUGUAACAAUCACACUAUAAAUAGAAGUGGGUUUGAGGGCAUAUCUUUGAAGCACACCUUCUGUGAAAGGUGAACAUGCUGAGAGAGAAUUGCUUCCCAGAAGGAGGGUAUGUAUGUUUCCGCUUCGUAUUGUACUGUUUUGUCUUUAGGCAAUAAUUUGGCUAGGCUUGUUCAGAUUGGUCCCUUGAACAUUCUUAGGCCUGAUUUACUCAAGAGGAUUAGGUUGGUUUAACUAUGUCAGUUGGGAGUGGAAAAUCCACCCCCUUGAGUGGAGUUGUUAAAUUGAUCUUCACCCUAGCUACUGCCUCUCUGGGAGGUGGAUUACCUAUGCUGAUGGGAGAAUCCUGCCUGUUGGCAUAGAUAGUGUCUGGACUGAAGCAUUACAGUGGUGUGGCUGUAGCAUUUUAAGUGCACACAAGCCCUUAAUAAUGAGCCGUAAGUGUAGUCAAAUCAAUUGGUUAUACCAUUAAAAUCAAUCAAUUUGGCAAACAAGACCAGGGGACAUUAGUCAAGCAUUAGUCAAACCCAUUUGUCCUGAGGUCUUGAGCAAGCCAGUUGGAUUUGGAGUAUCAGUCUCAGAGACUGGACUUUGGGGGUCCUCGCUAAAUCAGGGAAAAAUUAUAUUGUUACGUUGGCAAAUAACUGGUUAACAGAUUAUGGAAAGCAAAAACUGCCUUCUGGGCAUAAAGCCAUAUUUUUAAGAAUAUUUAAAGAUUAAGUAAAAUGUUUUCUGUAAUACCCAGAUAAAGCAAAGGCUAAAGUGGCCACUACUUGCAACAGAACACUAUUUUUUGUGCUAAAACACCAGGUAGACAUAUAAAAAUAAGCCAUAGCAAAUGAAAGGGAGAAACAGGAUGUUUUAGAGCAUGUUGUCAUACAGUACAUAAGACCAUAGCAGUGAUUUGGUCACAUUAAAGGCAAUCCAAAAAGUGAUCCAUUGAGUCAUGUACUUAAUUUUGUUUAAAUUGGAGAUGGAGGGAAAAGGCAAAGGGAGAAGACAAAGAGCAGAAAGGAAUGGGUGUUUAUACAGUGACACACAGUCUAUUAACCGAAGCAAGGAAAGGGCAUUACUGUAAAACAAUUUGGAGUACAGACAAAGCAGCAGGCACUUGGGAAACAAAUACAGGUUUCGCAGGGACAGGUAGCAAUCCCCACGCUCUUCCCGAAGCCAGGAUAAAGAACAGGUCCUGGCUCUCAGCCCUCCCCUGCUUCUAAUGCACAGAACCACUCCUCUCCCAGCUGAUGAUAUAACUUCUAAUAUUUUUACUUUUGGUUCUAGUUUGUCCUUUCUCUGUCCAAAUCUUCCUUUUCUUUUGUAUUCUUCACGUGGCUCAGUUUGCUGAACUCACUGCUGCUGUCUGUGCUUUGAAAUGCCCUAACAGAAUUAGUUAGUUAUCCCUUGGCUUGUGCUUACUUCCUUUCCUAUAUCGAUUCUGUCACUUCCCUUCCUGCAAUUUAAAAACUAAGUGAUAAUUAUUACAGAAACUCCUGUUUCAGAAAGAGACAGAAACUAAAAGAAACAAAUUACCAAAAUGCCAAAGGUAAAAGCUUUACUUUAAAUAAAUUCAGUAAAAUGAAUUUUAACCCUUUUGGAAUUCAAUACCUAAAAAUAUCAUUGCCAAGCAACAGAAUGCUAACUCUGCUUUUGAUCCUAAAACUGCUUUUUUUCUUUAACUAGACACUAAUGAAUAUAUAUUGAUUUCUUAUUUCUGUAUAGUAGUAUUCUUAAAGUAAGCAUAUUGUAAAGUAAUGUAAGUUAACUAAAUUAAGGCAACUGAGUGGACAAAUUAAUAUGGGAUUUUAAUCAAUUCUUAAGUUUUUAAAUAAAAAAAAUCUGCUUAAUUCUUUAUUUUGUAGCAUACCUUACUAUAGUAACUUUUAAUGCUUCAUCUUGUAUAUUUAACAAUUUUGGCACUAUUUGUCUUUAAUUGUAAGUAAUCCUAUAUGUCAUGUUAUCCUGUGUGUCAUGUGACUAUUCUUGUUUUUAUUUUACUAUAUAUUUCAGUUUUGUUGCAACAAAAUCAAUUUUGCACACAUAAUUAUAAAAAUGUUUAACAUUAAUGGUACUGUUUUGAUAUUAUGGUUGCACUUCAUAAUACCACUUCAGUUUUUCUGCAAAGUUCAAAAUGGGGUCAGUUUAUAAAUAUAUGUAUAUAUUUCUGCCUCAAAUUCAACUGCAAACAAAAUGUUUUAAAACUGUGGGGAAAAGGUCUCAAUAUUAAUGCAAAAACAUUUAAUAAGAUCAUAACUUUGUUAUAAACUUAGUUGCACCUUUAUUAAAUAUUAAAAUAGUUAAAUUUAAUAAUCAAGUGUUUAAACUAAUUUUCUCAUUAUGUUGCACAAUGUUAAAGUUAGCCUAAUAAAUUUCAGCAGAUUUCUCUCCCAAGCACAAGUAAAGGUCAUAAGAAUUUACCAAGAAUUUAUCAACCUUCAUUUAAACUUCAUUUUGCUUUAAUUUUUAUGCUGUUUUGUGCUGUGUUAACAAUGUAUUGUUAUAAAAGUUUAUGCUUUAAAAUUAAGUUGAAUAGCUAUAACAUACAAAUUAACUAACUUUCUUGCUAAAACAGAGUGCCCUGGUGGUAGAUAGGGAGGAGUGCAAUUAAUCUCAGAACAUUGUGAGCACUGUCUUGGCAUCAAGCACUAUAUUUAUUAUGGAAACCUAGUAAUGCACAUGUUAAGGAAAAGAGACAUUUUUAUGCAAAAACUGCAGAAGCAUCUAAAACAGGUAUAUUUGUGCUAAUGAACUAGGAAACUCAAAACAAACAGCAAAAAUUUUAAUAAAUGUGUAAAAGAAAAAAUUAAAGAAUAGAAACCAGGCCCAUGUCCUGUCAUAGCCUGUGCCAAAGCAUAACUUGUUUCAGCGAUGGCUUGGUCCCCAUCACAUUGUGAACAAACUGAGCUCAUCUGUGUAUAAAUUUGUUACUGGAAACAAAGAAAUUUGGAGAAGUCAAUCAUAUUAAGAACAUAAGAACGACCAUACUGGGUCAGACCAAAAGUCCAUCUAGCCCAGUAUUCUGUCUUCCGACAGUGGCCAGUGCCAGGUGCCCCAGAGGGAAUGAAUAGAACAGGUAAUCCAGGGAUACAUAACUAACAAAGAGAGAGCAACUGGGAAUAUUAACCAACGUAAGCUGUUUAAGGGUACAUACCACAGACUGGAGCCACCAGAAUAUGUCAGUGUGCACUGGAGAAGCUCCCUGGGCAUCAGGAGAAGAAAAGAUAAAGUACUUUAUACAUUAACCUACAAUACACAGACAACUGAGUAUGCAAUUAAGUAUAGAGGCAGGUGGUGUACGUAUGCAUUUGGUGCAAGCAGCUCAUGGCCUCUGAGACCGAGUAGGGGCUCUGAGAGACCAGAGUACUGAACCAGAGGACCUGAAGAAGACUGAUGUACAUAGGAGACUUUCCAAGACCCAGUAGAGCGGGUUUCACCCCCAGUCUGACAGCCUGUGGUGUUGAGGAGGGUGAAAGUCUCAGGGAAGGAGAACAUCAAGCUGGAGCAGAAGGCAGUGACCCUGUAGUUGGGACCCUUCUUCCCAAUAAUGUCAUGGUAUCCUCUCAUACUGAGGACACCCUUCCAAGAGAGGGAACUCCAGUUAAUUGGAAGAGACAGGUAAUAGUUAUGGGGGAAAUUUGAUCUUUAGAAAUACAGAUAACUGGGUUUGUGAUGACUUGGAGAACCACAUGGUGAAGUGCCAGCCAGGUGCAAAGGUUGUGCAUCUCCAAGACAUCUACACAGAUUUAUGUGCUGUGCUGGGGAGGAGCCAGUGGUCAUGGAACAUGUAGGUAACCAGUUACAUAGGGAAGGAUUGGAGAGAGGUCCUGGAGGCCAAAUUUAGGGGUAGAUAAGAGAUUGAAGUUCAGGACCUCCAUGGGAGCAUUUUCUGAAAGGCUUCCAGUUCCAUUAGACAGGCAGAAUGGAUGGUCUCAAUGCAUGGAUGAGACUAUGGUGUAGGGAGGAGGGGUUUUGAUUUAUUAGGAACUGGGGAACCUUUUGGGAAAGGGGGAGCCUAUACAGGAAGGACAGGCUCCACCUAAACCAAAAUAGAACCAGAUUUCUGGCAUGUAAAAUUAAAAAGUUUGUAAAGAUGUUUUUAAACUAAGGGCUGGGGGAAAGGUGACAGGUACGGAGGAGCACAUGGUUCUGCCAGAGACAUCCCUUGGGGCAGAUUUAUUACAGGGGAUUCUUUGUAUUCUAGUAAAGAGGAGAGGAUAGAAGCUGAUAAAGUACAGGGAGAACUGAAGAGAAACAGUCAAAUGAAAGUCUCAUUCAAUUACAUCACAUAGAGGACAGACAACUAAAAAGUGACAAUGUAUUAGUGCUUGUGUACAAAUGCUAGAAGUUUAAAUACUAAGAUGGGUGAACUUGCAGGCCUGGUAUUAAAUGAGGAUAUUGAUCUACUAGGCACCCUAGAAACUUGGUGGAAGGAUGAGAUAUCAAUGGGAUAUGGUAAUACCAGGGUAAAAAAAUUAUAUAGGAAUGAUGGAGUAGGUCAUGAUGGGGGUGGGGGGACGCACUAUAUGUGAAGAAAGCAUAGAGUCAAAUAUAGUAAAGAUCUUAAAUGACUCAAACUGUACCAUAGAAUCUCUAGGGAUAGAAAUUCCGUGCUUGAAUAAUAAGAGUAUAGUAGUAGGAAUAUACUGCCGACCACCUGACCAGGAUGGUGAUUGUGAAAUGCUCAGGGAGAUUAGAGAGGCUAUAAAAAUUUUAAAAAACCUCAAUAAUAAUAAUGGGGGAUUUCAACUAUCCCUAUAUUGACUGGGAACAUAUCAACUCAGGAUGGGAUGCAGAGAAAGUUUCUAGACACUGUAUUAAUAACUGCUGCUUAGAGCAGCUAGUCCUGGAACCCACAAGGGGAAGAGGCAAUUCUUGAUUUAGUCCUAAGUGGAGCACAGAAUCUGGUCCAAGAAGUGAAUAUACAGUCCAAUCUGCCUUAGCAACCACCUUUCAUGAGCAACUACUUGCAGAGGCCAUGGAACAUUUUCCCCCUAUAAUUUAACUAUGAAGAGUGACGACCUGUCAUCUGCAACCAGCGACCACAUUUUCUUACUCCUAUCGAUAAAAACAAACCUGUAGGAGAAACCAAUCUUCCUUACUUCUGUGCUGCUGCUGGUGGCGGUGCUACUUUCAGAACUGGGUGCCCAGCCAGUAACUGCCACUCUCCAGCCACCCAGCUCUGAAGGCAGCACAGAAGUAAGGGUGGCAAUACCAUGACCCCCCUACAAUAGGCUUGCAACCCUCUUUUGGGUCAGGAGCUCCCAUUUGAAAAACUAUGUACUUUUCUAUACUGUACUACUGUAUUAAUAAAUCCAUAGUACAGUACUGUAUUGUAUAGUGUAUGUAAUGUUCAUUUAAAAGGCAAUUCAAAUUAAAUCUGAAACAUUGUUA